UUCUGUUCCACAUUGCCAUCUUAGCAGCAGCUCUAGACAUCUCUCAGUUAUCAAGAAAUGUGACUGAUCAAGAGGACAUUAUCUUUCAAGGGAGAUUUUGAAAACUUCUCCUCCUGGUUAUUGUUCCCACCUCAACAGAUCAACAAUCUGGAUUUAAUUCAUGAAGCCACUGUGAAGACCAAAGCUUCUCUGGUACCAGCCAUGGUGCCUAUGGGGAGAAAUGCCGGGUUGUCCUACCUGCUCUGCCGUGGGUGACAAAGAGAACCUCUCUAUUGACAGCUGUGCCCCUGAGUCUCCUGCACAGUCUCAGAGUGGCUCACUCAUCCAUUUACAGAGAGGGGCUGGAACACAAUGAACAAACUGAACUUCCACAAUAACAGAAUCAUGCAGGACCGACGAAGUGUCUGUAUUUUCCUCCCCAAUGACGAUUCCCUCAACAUCAUUAUCAAUGUUAAAAUAUUGUGCCAUGAGUUACUUAUCCAAGUUUGUGACCUGCUACGGCUGAAGGAUGGGCAUCUCUUUGGGCUCAGUGUGAUACAAAAUAAUGAGCAUGUAUAUAUGGAAUUAUCCCAGAAGCUCUACAAGUACUGCCCAAAAGAAUGGAAGAAAGAAGCGAGUAAGGGUAUAGACCAGUUUGGUCCCCCAAUGGUCAUUCACUUUCGAGUGCAGUAUUAUGUGGAGAACGGUCGCUUGAUCAGUGACCGAACUGCACGCUACUAUUAUUACUGGCAUCUGAGGAAACAAGUCCUACGUUCUCAGUGCAUGUUGCGCGAAGAGGCCUAUUUCCUUCUAGCAGCUUUUGCAUUGCAGGCUGACCUGGGCAAUUUCAAAAGGAACAAGCAUUUUGGGAAAUACUUUGAACCUGAGGCAUACUUUCCUGCAUGGGUGGUGGCCAAGAGAGGGAAGGAUUACAUCCUGAAACACAUCCCCAUCAUGCACAAAGACCAAUGUGCUCUGACUGCCUCUGAAGCCCACCUUAAGUACAUCAAGGAAGCUGUUCGGUUGGAUGAUGUAGCUGUCCAUUAUUAUAGAUUGUACAAGGACAAGAAAGAAAUUGAGGCUUCCCUCUCUCUUGGGCUUACCACAAAGGGAAUCCAGAUAUUCCAGAAUAUAAACAGUGAAAGACAACAGCUGUAUGACUUCCCUUGGACGAACGUAGGAAAACUUGUAUUUGUGGGCAAGAGAUUUGAGAUUCUGCCUGAUGGCCUGCCAUCUGCUCGCAAGCUCACCUACUACACUGGCUGUCCUUUGCGAUCUCGGCAUCUCCUGCAACUCCUGAGCAAUAGCCAUCGCCUUUACAUGAACCUGCAACCGCUCCUGCGCCAGAUCAGGAAGCUAGAGGAGAAUGAAGAGAAAAAACAAUAUCGUGAGUCCUACAUCAGCGAUGCCCUGGACCUUGAUAUGGAUCAACUGGAAAAGCGUUCCCGAGCCAGCGGAAGUAGUUCAGGCAGUGUGAAGCACAAGCGUCUCUCCCGCCACUCAACUGCGAGCCAUAGCAGCUCCCACACCUCUGGAAUUGAGACUGAUCCAAAGCCCAGGGAACGGGGGGCUGAGGAGGACUUCAUGGUGGCUGCUGUCCAUCGCCAGCUGAGGGCUUGCAGCUCUAUGACCAGUCAUGGUAGUUCUCAUACCUCUGGAGUAGAAAGCAGUGAGAAGGAACGCCUGGAGGAGGACUCCUCUCAGGAGGAUGAAAUAGAGAUGCUGGUUGAUGAUCCUCGAGAUCUUGAGCCAACAAGCGAAACAUCUAUGGAUGAGGUCAAUCCUGAUGUUUGUAUUUACAUCACAGAGGACAUGCUGAUGGCCCGGAAGUUUAAUGGACAUUCAGGAUUAGUUGUCAAAGAAGUGAAUUCGUCUACUUCCAGCUCUUCAGAGACAGUGGUAAAACUUCGUGGCCAGAGCAUUGAUUCAUUGCCACAGAGCAUCUGUCAGAAGCCAAGGACCUCCACUGAUCGCCACAGCCUAAGUCUGGAUGACAUUCGGCUCUACCAAAAAGACUUCUUGCGCCUGGCGAGCCUAUGCCAAGAGACAGCACAGAGUUAUACAUUUGGGUGUGGCCAUGGAUUGGCUGAAGAGGGUCUGUAUUGCAACGGCUGUUUAGCUCAGCAGUGCAUCAAUAUCCAAAACGCUUUUCCCGUCAAAAGAGCCAGCAAAUACUUUUCCUUGGACCUUGCCCAUGAAGACGUUCCAGAAUUUGUUGUCUGAUGCUGACAUUGGGUGCUAUAGCAAGACAACGCAGUGUUUCCAGUUCCAAAAACUGGUGUGCCAAACAGGAAUUUCCCCGCUCAAUGGUUUCCCCAGGAUACUAAAAAAAAAAAUCAAGGCCUUGUAAACUGUUGCACUUUUAUAAAAGCUUAUCCUAUUUGCGGGCUCUUCAGCAUCGAUGUUUGCCGGGAGGCAGAAUUUGAUUCGGUUAAAAAUCAGUUGGAUUUAGAAGACCUGGUCUCUUCUUUUGAAAGCAGCCAACUUGGAGAACCUCUUGUUUCACAAGAAGGGUGCACAAUGUUUACUCUGAAUAUAGACGUAUCUCUUGUAUUUUUUUUUUUUAUUUGCCUUAUCGGAGCUCUUCUGUGCUAUGCAUACCACAGAUUUUUGCAUCACCUUUGCAGUUUAGUUUUUCCCCUUGUGAGAAUAAUCGUGUUAGUUCUUCUUCUCCAUUCCCAUUGGUUGUGCCAUGUCAAGCCAAAGAAAUGCACCCUCCAAAGUGGGUGACAUCAAAGACAGAGCUAUAAGCAAUAACUAACCCAAAGGAUAUCUGUGUAGAAAAGUUGCUCAGAGGAUGAAAGCAACUUGAGAUGCAAUGAAUCCAUCUUGUGAUCUCCCCCCUCACAAAAAAAAAGUAUGUAAGCUUUUGAUCCAAAUGGAAUAUCUUUGUGCUAUUUAUAAAGUUUACCAAAAAAAAAAAACCCACCUGAACCAAAACAAGCAAAUGAACAACAACAAAAAAAUCCCCAAACAGAUGUUAGGUGGUUUGGGAAACUUUCUGGAAUCUUUGUUGUUUCAAAAGGGAAAAAAAUGAGGAUGUAGCAAUAGGAUUUGCUGACCAAAAGUACCUUAAGUUCAGAGAGAGAGAGAGAGAGAGAGAAAGAGAAAGAAAGCAUGUGUGAGAGAGAGUGAAUAUAAAAAUAUGCACAUUGCAGAAAAGAGUAUAUGUUUAAUGUAUUUUUGAAAAUAUAAAAGUCAAUUUAUGUUUUAUUUUGGUUUUGAUUUCAGUGCUUUUCGAAAAGAGAAAUUAAUGCUUCCUUUCAAACUGCAUGUAUAGACAAUCGUGCAAAUGCACAUCUUACAUAUGGUUAAAACAGCUUCUUUUUCAGGUUUUUUGUUUCGUUUUGUUGCUAUUGAACAUAAUAAGAGGAGAGAGUUAUUUCUGCAUUGCAAAGGUGCUUCCCUGCUCCAGUAUUUUUUUUAACUAAACUUUUGCUUCCAUGUAUCAUGAGAUGUUCCUCUUCCCUUUUCUGGAAAGGGGAAAGAUUUCUAUCUUGUUUCAGUGUUAGAUCAAUGAACAAGUGUGACUUUCAAGGGGAAUGCUCUGAUUUUAUGUCUGCAAUAGGUUGUAACAAAAGCUCCAUUUAGCUGCCAUCCUCCUAUCUCCAAAGAGGAGAUCACCGUGGGAUCUUUUUUAGGUGGCUCCAUUGUAAGACUGUCAACCCUUCCAUUGUCUAAGCACACCGAGGGGAAGGAAGGAACGUCCAUAGAACAGAGAUAGGAGAAAAUGCUAUCCAAUACAUUUUCCCUGCAGCACUGUGACUGGUCUUGCGCAACACUAUUGGUCUGUGACUGGUCUUGCGCAACACUAUUUCUAGUAACUGCACAACAUGCAAAAGCUUGGUUAAUUUUAACCUUGAUUAUUUGUUAUUAUUUGUUAGCAUAUUUCAUAACGGAGUCCCUUAUUUAGUUUGUAGCGGCUUUCUGCAAAUCCAGGAGUAGGUUGAUUCAGCUGCCAAUUAAGAGCAAUAUAUGAAUCCAACCACCCUGUACUCUUAGCAA